AUGGAUCACUUUAGUCAAGGAAACAUUAAUAAUCCUCUUCAACCAAGAAGCGAUGUGUUUAGUGAUCCAACUACGCGAACUCUAAAUUUCGAACGUCUCUAUCGCGUUGGUGACUUUACAGUAAUUGGUGCUUCAGGAGACCUUUCUGAUUUUCAAUAUACAACACAUCUUUUAGAUACUAUGAUGGUUGAAGAAUAUUAUAUAAAUGACGGUCAUGUCCUUAAAACACCGAAUAUUUACGAAUAUUUAUGUCGUCUGACGUAUGGCAGACGGAACAAAUUUGAUCCUUUAUUGAAUUCUUAUGUUGUUGGAGGUUAUAACAAUGGAGAAGGAUUUCUUGGAUUUGUUGGACAUCUUGGAACAACUUACCUGUCUUCAACGAUCGCUACAGGCAUUGGAGCUCAUAUAGCACUACCAGUCUUACGUAAGGCUGUUGAAGGCAGAGAGAAUACACUUACUGAAGAUGAAGCCAUUCGAAUUCUCGAAGAAUGUGAAAAAAUUUUAUAUUGCAGAGAUGGGAGAAGUUUAAAAUAUUAUCAACGUGCAAAAAUUACCGCUCAAGGCGUAGAGGUUAGUGGACCUCAUAAAGUGGAGGCAGAAUGGCAAUUCGGUUUAACAUUUGGAAAGUAUGGUGAUUUUAGUAAUUAA